GGGUUUGUCCCUUGGCGGCCGCCGUACGGAGCGCGCCUGCCGCUGCCGGGGCGCGCGCUCGGGGAGCGCCAUGAGCCUGUGGGCGGACAAGCACCGGCCCUGCGCCCUCGGCCGCCUCGACUUCCACCGCGAGCAGGCGGCGCGGCUCCGCAACCUGGUUCAAUGUGGCGACUUUCCUCAUCUGUUGGUGUAUGGACCAUCAGGAGCUGGAAAAAAGACAAGAAUAAUGUGUUUGUUAAGGGAAUUAUAUGGUGCAGGAGUGGAGAAACUGAGGAUUGAGCAUCAGAGUAUAACGGCACCUUCUAAGAAGAAGAUUGAAAUUAGCACUAUUGCAAGUAAUUAUCACCUUGAAGUUAACCCAAGUGAUGCGGGAAACAAUGACCGUGUGGUAAUUCAGGAGCUCUUGAAGACAGUGGCACAGUCCCAGCAGCUUGAGACAAGUACUCAACGAGAUUUUAAAGUGGUGCUGUUAACAGAAGUUGACAAACUUACUAAAGACGCUCAGCAUGCUUUGCGAAGAACAAUGGAGAAGUACAUGGCGACCUGCAGGUUGAUCCUGUGCUGCAACUCAAUGUCAAAAAUUAUAGGACCCAUUCAAAGCAGAUGCCUGGCUGUACGAGUGCCUGCUCCCAGCAUUGAAGAUAUCUGCCAUGUCUUGUCCAGUGUGUGUAAGAAAGAAGGCCUGACUCUUCCUCAGGAACUGGCUCAAAGGAUUGCAGAGAAAUCUGGCAGGAAUCUUCGGAAAGCACUGCUUAUGUGUGAGUCCUGCAGAGUACAACAGUAUCCUUUUACUGCUGAUCAAGACAUUCCUGAGAUGGACUGGGAAGUUUAUUUGAGAGAAACUGCAAAUGCUAUUGUUGGUCAACAGACACCACAAAGGCUUUUAGAAGUCCGUGGACGGCUUUAUGAACUCCUGACACACUGCAUCCCUCCUGAGAUUAUAAUGAAGGGUCUCCUGUCAGAACUUCUAAAUAAUUGUGAUGGACAACUGAAAGGAGAAGUCGCACAGAUGGCAGCCUUCUAUGAACACCGCUUGCAACUGGGCAGCAAAGCCAUCUAUCAUCUGGAAGCAUUUGUUGCAAAGUUUAUGGCAAUUUACAAGAAGUUCAUGGAGGAUGGGCUGGAUGACAUAAUGUUCUAACUCUGAUGCCCAAAGCCAUACCCAGAAUGUUGUGUUGAGAUACCAAUGGUGUUGCAAAUGUCUAGUUGUCAGUGCUUGAUUACAUGUGGGUCUAGUUCUAAGUCAAAUAUUUUUGUUUUGCUAUUUAAUAAAGCAAUGUUUGUUCAGCUUUAGAAA